ACGGUACGUAAUCAUAAUAAAAAGUUACGUUCCUGCGCCUUAUCAUUGCAGGCUAUAGCAGCGAACUCCGCUUAUACGACAAUCGUUGUUAUAUACGGUCGAAAUCUUGAAUAAAAACCUCGCCCACGUGGGUGUUUAAUUGGAUUGCAUCCAAAAGUUUAGUCCGCGUUAAAUACUUCGGGCGUCUUGUUUACGCAUAAGACCGCCGUACUCAUUCUUGUAAAUUGUCCACUGUUCGGCACUAUUAAUGCUUUAUAUUUUCUCACGAUUAAAUUUUGCGCAAUAAUCGACACGAUUUUAAGCGCUAUAAGGUUCUCGAUAAACCAAUUUUCUGGUGAAACCGUCAGUCAUCUCUGAUGACGAAAAUAUGGCGCGAUGUCGUUUCCUCCUCGAUCGCAUCCGGCCACAGCUCGUUAGGCUAGCAUAGCAUGCGACAUCGCGUAAUAAGUCUAUGAAUGAAAAAUGAAACGUUAAUAUUUACGAGCAAUCGUGUGAUACUACACGGUGGGCGGUCGGUGUUUGUUGCGUUUGCGUGCGUAAAAAUCGACGGCGAGUGUGUACACAGCGUGUAUAGUCGUCACAUCGUCCGCACGCGAGACUCGCGUGUGACGUCACCACGGCUAAACUUCGCGGUGCUGGCAAGUCUUUCUCCUGCGUACAUAACAGUAACACCCAAUUUAAUAUCGUGUUAUUCGCACGGGGUUAAACUCCGCCGGCGCAGAGUACACUCGACAAAAGCAUUUUAGUCUCGUUCGCCGAAGAGGGGUUGUGACACAUUAAGCCAAAACAUAAAUUUACCAAAUGCAAAAUCCGAAAUUACUUCAAUGUCUGAUCAUUUCAACACAUUUUCACAACCGGAGGGAUCCCAAUGUGGUACGAAUAAUGUAGUGAGUAUAAAUAAAGAAAUGGUCAAGAACGACUUUGUGAAUGCGUCUACAUUGAUUUAUAAAGCAAAAAAGAAAGCCAGAGAAACUGAUUUGUAUUUAAAAAAGUUACAUGAAGAAGUAAUACCAAGAUGUCAAUUUGAAAAUAUCACAAGUGAUAUUAUUAAAAGAGACAUAUAUUCAGAUAUUCCAUCAAAAAUCACACAGCAACUUCAACCGGUUUUUAAAGAAAAAUUGAGUAAAAAUAUCCAUACAAAUAAUACAAAUCCAAAAAUAAUUUCAAAACCCAGGUCUUUAACUCAAGAAAAACAUGUUCAUUUCAACAACUCUUCGAGAAAUUUAAGUACAACGAACAAUUCUUAUCAAAAUCUUCUCAAUCGUUCUAUAUCAAACGAACUUUUAUUAAAAAAUGCUUGCCAAAACAACGUUGGUAUAACAAACGUGCAUUUUGAAGAUAAUAUUUCCGAUGUUAAAAUUACUAAUGAUUGUAAAGUAAACAAAUUAACGGUGCAGCGAAUUCCUUGUGUUAAUUUAAAACCUGAACUAGUCACUCAAAAAUUAGCUAACAUUCAAAUAAAACCGGACAAUAAAAAGAUUUUAAGUAAUUAUAAACCUAAUGCGGCCUAUCAAGAGUUUGCUUUUGGAUUAGAACCGGAAACUUGCAAAUGUCAUUCAGUAACUCAGCCAAAAAUAUCUAAUGACAAAAUAGUUGCUCGUGAUGAAAUACUCAAAAUUAUUUGUGGAAUGUUAGAUAACACGUCUAACUAUCCUCUAAGCGACCACUUAAUUAGUCAAUUACAGAAAAUAAUGAUCAUUGUGGAAGAAACAAAAUCCUUGGAGUAUAACAGUUCAAGCGAAGUAGAAGAUCUUAUUGAAGAACAUAGUAUGGUUGGUUUUAGCAAAGAAGUAUUAAAAAAAAGAAUAUUGGAUAUAGCUGAUAAUUUAGUAGAGAACAAUAGUGAUGGAAUUUUAUUCAACCAAAUGUCUGCAGAUAUUGAAAAUGAUUCUCGCCAAUUAUUAAAAAGAUUGUCUAAAAUUAAAAACACCAUGGUGGCUUUAAAUCCAUUGGUAAAAUUUCCAAGUUUAUCAGCAGAUAAUAAAGUUGAUGAUACAGCAACAUAUGUUGAUAAAACUUUUACAAGUCAUCAUCCUAACAAUAUUUUAUUCUCAAAAAAUCAUCAUAAUAUACUACCAACCGGAUAUGUCAGUAUACAAGACUUUUUGAAACAUGGUUAUAAUUUCUCAAGUUUGGAAAUGUUUGAAAAUGCAUCAAUUAUAAAAGAAUAUGGUUCUCAAAUAACAUUAUGCUCCAAUGACAACAUAAAUCAAAAAAAAAUUAUGACUCAAAAUGAUUUAAACGAUCAAAACAACACAUCUCAAAUAAAGUCAACUAUAUUUUUUAAGGAGCUUCAACUAAGAUCAGAAAAUAAAGAUCAAUACCAGAGCACAUUAUUUGAAGAUUUUGUAACAUCUCAACAUCAAUCAAGCAAUUCCAGUAUAAUAUUAGAACAUCCACUGAAUCUAUCUGAAGAUGCAAAUCAGAUUAAUAACAAAAAUGAUGAUUAUACCACUACGACUAAUGCAUGUGAUUUUGAAGUUAAAAAUAAUUUGAAGAUAAAUUCAGAAAAGGAUAAAAACACAUUAGAAAUAACAACAAAUGGUGAAUAUUUUCCAACCAACGAUACCAGUAAAGAUGAUAGUAGUUUAAAAUCAAAUAUAGAAGAUUACCAAUUAAAUUCUUUAUCAUUUGUAUCAUCAGUAUCUAAUAAGUUUAAACAAACUGGUGAAAUACACAUUCUAGACAAAAGAUCACAAAGUUCUAAUUCAACUAUUUCUUCAAUGAUUUCACUGAAACAGUCUACUCAAGAAGUUGAAAGUGAAGCAGAAAGUUUAACUAGUUUUGGAGAAGUUAACUAUUUUUCUAAAUGAUUUACAAUGCACUCGCUAGCUAGAGAAGUUAAACAUAAAUAAAUACUUUAAUUUGAUUUAAAAGUUCAAAAAUUAAUUAUGAUUUACAGUUUAUACUGUUAUUUUAUGGAUAUGAUUUACUUAUAAACAUACAAUUUACCUACCAAUUAUAACUAUUAUUUUUAAACACCAAAAAUUAUUAAAAAAAAAAGAAAA